CGAAGAAGAAGUAAAAAGAAGUUGAAGAAAAACCCGAGUGAUUUAUUACAUGACCAGAUCCGUUUCAUCCAAUCGGGUUGGCGGGUUUCCAUGUGGAUUCCGCCUAUAAAUUUGGAAUAAACCCAGGGGACCGAGGAACGACAGGUAGAGCUAGAGAGAGAGAGAGAGUGAGAGGAGGACUCGGGGAGGUCCUUCUGCAAUAAAGAUGACGGGCGAGAUCGUCCUGGAUUCUUGCAUAUGCUAAGUCUCGUUAUUGUCUUGCCUGGAGCGAAACCCACCUCGAAAAGAUUUUCCAGAGGAUCCUAUAUCCAAUUGGCUCAAGAAAGAGCAAGUGGGUCUCGCUUCAAGCUUGAGGUCGUUGUUUCUUCCCGGCAUUCUCAGUGAGAAGUUUCUCACUCGAAGAGAGAGAGAGAGAGAGAGAGGAAAUAAUUCUCUCUUCUUUGUUUUAUUGUGCAUCCUGCACAGCUGGGUGAACAAGGUGGGGAUUUUGGUGGGGUUUUAGUCUGCUCUUGAUGGAAGAGAGCUGUAGAAAAAUGGUGGGCUAGUCUCGAGUUUGCAUUUGUAGUUGUCCGGAAGAUUCUUUUCUUGAUUCUCGUUUUCUGCAUUCCUUUUGGGUAACUUGGUUUUGGGUUCUUGGGAACAAAUUACAGAGAAUUUUGAGAUUUUAGUGGGAGUGUGAUGGCUGGGACUGGAAAAGAAUGGUGGAGUUGGAGAUGUUUUGCGAUGAUAGUGAUUAUAUCUCUUGUUGGAGCUUCAGUCUUUGUUUCGGCAAAAGAAGAUGGUAGAAAAGAAGGUCCAAGUAGCAGAAAGAGUGAAUCUAAAAUGGAUCUCGCCAAGGCUGUACUCAAUUUCUUAUGGCAAAAGGGAAAAUUGGGUUAUACGCGUGUUUGGCCGGAAAUGGAAUUCGGCUGGAAGAUUGUGGUCGGAUCGAUAAUUGGAUUUUUUGGAGCAGCAUUUGGGAGUGUGGGGGGAGUUGGGGGCGGUGGCAUUUUUGUUCCCAUGCUCACUUUGAUCAUUGGUUUCGAUGCCAAGUCGUCAACAGCUAUAUCGAAAUGUAUGAUCAUGGGUGCAGCAGCAUCUACCGUUUACUACAACCUUAAGUUGAGGCAUCCCACACUUGAACUGCCAAUCAUUGACUAUGACUUGGCACUUCUUUUCCAGCCAAUGUUGGUGCUUGGAAUCAGCAUUGGAGUCGCCUUCAAUGUCAUAUUUGCCGACUGGAUGAUCACAGUUUUGUUAAUCAUUCUUUUCUUAGGCACCUCAACAAAAGCUUUCUUGAAAGGUGUGGAAACUUGGAAAAAAGAAACAAUACUCAAGAAGGAGGCUGCUAGACGACUGGAAACAAACGGGAAUGCAGCUGAGGAAGCGGAGUACAGCCCUCUACCAGGAGAGCCAGAUAAUGGCAAUGAGACAGAAAGCAAGGAAACCAAAAGAACUGAGGCUCCUAUUCGGGAGAAUGUAUACUGGAAGGAACUGGGGCUUCUCGUACUUGUCUGGGUCGCCAUACUUGCAUUGGAAAUCGGAAAGAAUUACACAACCACCUGUUCAGCUCUAUACUGGGUUUUAAAUCUUCUGCAGAUACCGGUCGCUUUUGGAGUUUCUGGGUAUGAGGCAUAUAACUUGUACACAGGGCGGAGAGUGAUAGCUUCCAGAGGCGAAGUGGCGGCUAACUGGAAAAUAAGCCAGCUAGUCAUGUAUUGUGCCUUUGGCAUAGCAGCGGGUAUGGUUGGUGGAUUGCUUGGUCUAGGUGGAGGAUUCAUUUUGGGGCCACUUUUUCUUGAGCUGGGAAUCCCUCCUCAGGUCUCAAGCGCCACAGCCACUUUUGCCAUGACAUUUUCCUCAUCCAUGUCCGUUGUAGAAUAUUAUCUCCUGAAGCGUUUCCCAGUUCCCUAUGCUCUCUACUUUGUGGCAGUGGCAACAAUUGCUGCCUUCACUGGGCAACACGUUGUCAGAAGGAUAAUAGCCAUUCUAGGGCGAGCAUCUUUGAUUAUUUUCAUCCUCGCCUUCACAAUUUUCGUGAGUGCGAUAUCACUAGGUGGGGUCGGCAUAGUGAACAUGAUCGAGGACAUAGAGAAUAAAGAGUACAUGGGAUUCGAGGACCUGUGCUCAGCGGAUUCUUGAUACAACUAUAAUUUUUGCUCUUCUUCUUUUUCAGUAAUCUACCGUUCUUUUCUGUAGUGAAAACUUGUUGUCUCGUCAUUUACUAUGGAUUUUGGCCAUUCAGGACAAUUACAUGUAGCGCCUUUCUAGUUGACCGUGGAACUUGCUUUCUGUUGACCACUGCGGUUUAACGGCUAGAUAACUCUGUGCCGGCCAUAUACAACAAUAAUUUUUGUCAGGUGGUUGAUUGAUUGAGGCUGACCUCAUUGGUGACAUAAAUGGCGUACUGAGUAGAUCUUUCCCAGGA